AUGGCAUAUGAAAAUUGUGUAGUUUGCGGGAAAAGAUAAGAAGGUUUAUAUAAAUUGUUACCUCAUUUUCGAUCAAGACAACCAAACAAAUACAUUCAUAAGAUGUGUCUAAUGUUAUUUAGUUCAGAUUGGAAUCGUAGAGUUGCUGUGAAUGAAAAAUUGUAUUAUAGUGAUUACAGAAGACAUUGUGGAAUAUGUGGUAAACGAAAUAAGCCAUAAGUAAUUAGAUGUGCACAUAGGUAUAAAGUUUAAUUAUGAAAUCCAGUUCAUGUAGAAAAAGAUUUCAUUUAGAUUGCUUAAAGAAUCCUGUUAUCUAAAUAAACUCAAAUUAAAGGAAUCAUUAUCCAAGAUUAGAUGUUUAUUGUCCUGAACAUUCUCUCGAUUUAAUUAAAACUAAUAAUUUAGAUGAGUGUGUAGAAUCCAUAUUUAAUGAACAUCUCUUAAAUUAAGAAUAAGAACCUGGACAAAUUUAGAAGAGCAAACAUAAAAAAAAACAUAAGAAAAAGAGUUCUCGAUCAAGGUCAAGAUCUCAUAAGAAAUCAAGACGACGAUCAAGCAGUUAUGGUAGAUUUAGUAAUAGUCAAAGUUCUAAAUCAUCAAAAUCACUACUCAAAAAUACACCAAAUGUUAAAGAUCCUAGUUUGAUAAAAAUACCUGAAAGUUAGAUUACUGAUGAUAUGAUAAGAAAUCUUUAAAAAAUUGGAACAUAAGGACUUAUUGAUAAUGAUGAACCUAUAAUUGAACCUUUACCUUUUGUAGUGAUGCAUUCAUAACCAAUCAAAGUAUAAUAGGAGAUUGACAAAUAAAUUAUUUAUCCAUAAAUUUAAAGACCAAUUACUGAAGAUCCUGAAUUUCCAUAUACAGAAAGAGAAAAUAAAAGAGAUUAAUCCAUUUUAAAGUGGUGGGAUAAAAUAGAAGAAAUCUACUUUAAAGGAGAAGAAAAAUUACCACUUACAAAAAAUGAAGAAUUUAAGAAUCCAUUUAUGUGGUGGUUUAAUCAAGGAUUAGAUGAAGAACUAUUAAAUUAUGCAGAUUAAUUAAAUAUUGGUAUUUAUUAUCAAAUUUAUUAUAUAUUCAUAGAACCAAUCAUACAGUUGAGGUAUUAAUGUAGAGGAAGCAUAAAUGUUUUAUUUAGAUGCUCACAAGCUUAGUAUUAGUACACUAAUUGUAAAAAUCUUUUAGUUUCAUUCGAUAUAGUUUUACCGAACAUGUUGGCAAAGCUACACCCAAAGGAUUACUGAAGACAAACAUACAAUUGUAUAGAUAUUUAUAAGAAACAGUUGACAUUCCUACAUAUUCUGAUAAAGAUAUUGUUGGCAAAGAUCUAAUUUAUUUAGAAAAUUGCGAAUUAAAUAAAUAGGAAUAUUUUAACUGUUUUGAAUUGGAACAAUAAAUUAAAGAAGUCCAAUCUUAACUAGAAUCUCAAUUAGACAUUGAAAGUGACACUGUUUAAUAAUUUGAUAUUGUUUACCAUAUCUUGAAUAAAGAAUUAAAUCCUAUUGUUUAAUAAAAUAACUAAUUCAGAGAAUAAAUCAAUUCUUAAAUUACAGAUUACAAUUUUAAAAUAUAAAAAACAGAAUAACAAUUACUUAUUGAUUUACUUAGAUGGUCAUAAAUUGUAAAAGCAUUUAUCAAUGGAUACAAAGACAAAACUGAAGAUGUUUUGAAUUCAUUUUUUCCUUGUUAAUUGACACUAUCAUCCCAAUCUUCUUAAAAAGCAUAAUAAAAAAAAAAGAAAAUUCAUUCUAAAGAAAAUACUCAACCUUUAGAUACUGAUUGCAAAAUCUGUUUUGAUUAUCAUUAUACAGAUUUUAAUCCAGUUAUCUAUUGUGGUAAAUGUUCAACAUCCUUUCAUAAGAAUUGUUAUGGUCUUACAGGAUCUCUUGAUGAAGAUGAUGUUAUAUGUGAUGCUUGUUAUUAUGAAUCUUCCAAAUUAAAUUAAUUUAGAAGAGGUAUUUCUAUAAUCAUUAAAAGGUGCUGCAAAAUGUAGAAUUUGUAAAAAAUUAGGACUUCCUUAAAAAUAUAUAAGAAACUCCUUUUAUCAUGUUUCUUGUUUACUUUUAACCAACUAAGUUAUUUUAUCAGAUGGUGCCUAUGAUGUUAGAUAUAGAAAGAAUGAUAUUAAACAAUUCUGUAAAGAUAAUGAAUCAAGCACUCCAUAAUGUGCUGUUUGUGGAGAUUCAAAAGGUUCAAAAACAAUUUAAUUUUAGGCUUUAGAUUUAUGUGUUCGGGUGGUGAAACAAUACCAUGUAAACAUGCUUUCCAUCCAAUCUGUGCUUAUUUACAUGGUUUAACCAUUGAUAUUGAAAGUGAAGACCUUGAACAAUGUUGCAAAGCUCUUAGGUUUGCUCAAUUAAAUGUGCAUAUCAAAUGUGUCUUACAUUGUAAUAAAACUUUGUAAGAAUUGGUUUAGUAAACUUACUACAGGUAUUCCAAUUUAAUCUUAUCAUUCUAGGAGAUUUGCACUGAAUUAUGAACAAACUGCCAAAUGUGGAGGAGAAGACAUUUUUAUUGCAGAAUUCAAGAAAACCAAAGGAUAUAGGUAACUAAUUUAAGCAAACUCUUAAGAUAUCUCUCGCUCAAGUUACCCAUAUCAAGAAAUGACAAUUUAUAAUAAUUUAUUAAUUAAAAUGGUACACCAACCCAACAGAUGUGA